CAAUGGCUGGUAACUCUGGCACCUCUAGCAACACUUUAUUUAAGCCUGUCUUGAAUAAUGUGCUUCAUAUUCGCAAUUCAUUCACAAGCCUCCAACACCAAGCCUAUAAAUCUGGUUCCCAGAGCAAUUUGGAACAGGUUCCGAGCUUGCCAUCUCACGGUUGUGUGCAUACACCACCUAGUAAUGUCCAAGUCAUCCCUGAUACCCACAAUACCUCGGCUUGCAUAGGCACAGCACAGCAAGAUCAUUUGGUGGAUGCUGGUCAACAGCCUGCAGAUAGUCUUCAAAGGUCAGGUGUACAAUGUUCUCCACCUCAACCACAAACAAUACACAGCAAUAAGGAUACCUUUCACUAUGAUCAAGGUAACUGGCAGUGUUCAGAUUGUAUUGGCAUAUCCUCUCAAAUUGCAAAAACAGACAUGUGUGCCACCUGCUCAAUCACCCAAACAAAACCACUACCAAGGCAGUCUUUUGCAUGGAGACCUAAUGCUGCUCUUCAGAGCUCCCUGAGGCAUCUGAAGGCCCUCCAUGACCGGCCUGCCCAAUUUACUCGUCUUGAUUCGAGCUCUUCUCAGCAUCAAUCACCUAUGCCUAACAUUCCCUCACCAUCACCAACUGUGGCAGAACACUCUACCAAUGAAUCACUGGUCGAGCCUGAAUUUCCUUCAGGCAGGCAAAUGGCCACCCUAACUCCGAACUUGGAUCUCGCCACACAUGCUAUGACUCCACCUCCAUUUCUUGACUUGGCUAUGGACACUCACUCGGACCACGUGGACAAGUCCCAGAGCACAACCUCACGUGGUCAACUCACUUAUCCUCGUUUUUCAUCGACAUCUCUUAGGCGCAUACGGGCUAAGCUGGUAGCUUCCCACUCCACCCGAUGGCAUGGUGGUGUAUCGAAACCGGGGCGGAAGGCAAAGGCAAAACUCGCACGAAAACAAGGGGCAUACCAUCCUAUCAAGAAUUCCCCACCAGGAACACCAGGAGGGAAACAGACUGCCGGCUUCCUCACAGAGGAUGGCUUCAGUUCCGGAAGUGAAGCCAGUGGGUUUGAAGAGAGCACUGAGGACCCGCACCUGUCAAUCACACCGUUCUCUGAUGUUGGGAACACCACCUUUGUCAAAAAGCCAUUAGAAGAACCAAGUGAUUCCCAAAAGUGCGCCCUCCGUGAUCAGAGGAAGACCUCGGGAAUAGAGAAUGAGGACACUGCCACAUCAGAUCAAGGCUUGCCAGCAGUCUCUCAUCCGAGGCAGAAACGUAGAUUGAUGGAAGAUAGGGAGAGGUGCAAUGAAGAUGGGCACGAGGCAAAGAAGACAAAGUUCAUUGACUUGACGAGGGAUCUUGGGAACAUGGACAUAGCCAGAGCAGAGGUUGCUGUGCCCCGCACAGCGCCUAACGCGUAUGCGAGCAGUAGCCGGGUGACGCUCGAGGAUCUUCGUGCAGCACCUAGUCUAUUCGGGCCUCAAGACGACGGCGAGCAGCAUGGAGAAGUAGGAAACGAGCCCAGCCCGACUAACAGACACCACAGCACUGGUGGCAGAUUCGAGGCCGUCACAAUCCCAACGUCGCCCUCCGAAGUGCCAACAUUAGCACCCCAGGUCCAGGUGUGGGUGCAUUCGAUCAACGAGAUCGUGGCUGCCCUUCAAGCUCAGCAGUCUCCAACGGUACGUGAAGGUCCACCUAGUUGUACCCUGUGGCAUUGGGCUAAUGAUUCGAGUUGCAUCCAGGUUGUCCGCGAAAUGUGGUUGGAGCUCCAUAAUAUCCUUCGAGCUGUAGAUGCUCGCAAAGCCGCAGUGACGAGGGAUGAAGCGCACGAUGGGCUCGUCAGAGCUUUGAAGCAUGCCCGCCGGUUGUGCCAGCAACACGAUGAGGCAGAGAAUGUGCAAGUUGUGGACCACAUCCUCGACGACUUUGCACAGCGCUUCGUGGGCAAACGGUGGCCUUCUAACAGCCCCGUUACCUUCGGGCCAGCGCAGGGAGGUAGGCUGGUUUUGAGGACGUAGGGAGAGGGUGGAUUGAACGGAACGAGGGAGGAGGUGGAGGGGAGACGGUAAUGGUGGUAGAGGGGAAGAUAGCGAAUAGGUAGACGUGGCCUAGGAGGGCGUGCUGUGUUAGGGUGCUGCGCAGCCGGUGACGCCCCUCACAGCAUGCGGCGCCUCGGCGAAUGGUGGAUACAUCCUGCGUUAUUUUAGUAUGAUGAACAGCUAUCGAUCACUUACAUAUGUAUAAGUAUUAUACCUUUCGGACGCCGUGCUCAUUGCUUUGGUACUGGAUACUGGUACUCAC